AUGUGGAAAAAAAUCAACUUAGCAUUUUAGAGCAAACAAUGUUGACAAGUAUUGUGAUAACUCAAGAUAUAAAAGAAACUACGCAAAAGAAUGUGGUUUACGAAAGGUGCAGAGGAUGUCAAAAGAAAGGUAAAGAUCAUACCCCUGAAAGAGAAGAACUAUAUGAACUAAGAAGGUCUCAAGUAGAAAAAAGAGAGAGAGCACAAAGUUCUAAACCAAUGAUGAUAAAAAGAACAAAAACCAAUCCCCCUGAAAUAAAGAAUGUUUAUGCUAAUGGGCCAAUCUAUUACCCAGGAAAAAGUAAUUACAACCAAGGAGGAGAAUCAAGUAGAGAAGAAAUCGACUGGACUAAAGAUUCCGAAAAAUAA